CUCGUCCUCCCCACCCGACGCCAUCGCCAUCCACAAGCUCCCAACCGCAUCGCCGUCACCGGAAAGCAACAUGCCAUCCUCCUCAUCUCCUCUCGCUCCUUUAGCUUCUUCCGCUCCGCUCCACUCCCGCGUCAUCGCCUCGCGCCCCGAACCCGGAACACCAACCGAUCAACCAUGGCCCCCGCCGACGCCGGAGACUUCCUCCUAGACGCGGACGACGACGAUUUCUUUGGGGACUACAACCCCCACCCCUACCAAGGCGGCUACGACCUCGCCGCCACCUUCGGAACUCCUCUCCCGCCGUCCUCCAACAUAUGCUACCCCGUCUCCUCCUCCUCUGCCGCCACCGCCGCCGUCCCCGCUAUCCCCUCGCCGCCGCCUUCGUCCACACCGAAGCCAGAGGAACCUCAUGGCGAUGAGAAAGCGCAGCGGGAUCCGGCGCACGAAAUCCCGGAUGCGUUUCCGGACGGGGCGGCGAAGGAAGAGAAGGCGCGGAGGGACAGGCGGCGCGGCCGCGGCUUCUGGAGGAAGUGCGUGCGGGUGCUGGAUUACUUGUUCUGCUACAAGGACCCGUACAAGGAACAGCGGAUUGUGGUGGACAGUUACGUGGUUCCUGUUUGUGUGAUCAGGAAAGAAAGCGGGGAGGAUGCCAUUUCCGUCGAGGUUGAAGUGGCGCCACAGUCGGUGGGAAUGGUGGAGGCGGACGAUGCCACUGGGGAGCUGGUUCAGACCAAUGACUUAUCGUGGCAUAGUAACAACAGAGAUGAGACCGAUACUUGCAGCCAGUCAAUGUCCAAUUCAUACUAUACAUCUUCUUUUGCGCGAUCUUAUGGUCUUCAUGGUGUUUUGGGCAAGCCAGAUUGGUUUCUCAAUUUCAGCUACUCAGAGUCUCAUCUAGCAGAGGAAUUUCAGCAUGAGGUGGCGUUGUCCUACAAUAAUGAGUGCAAGAUAUCUGAUCAACCUAUUCAUUGUUAUCACCAUCACUGCUAUAUACAAUCACUAGAUGUCCAGGUCAAACCCCCGGAACCAGUUUCUUCUGAGAGGUUGAAGUACUAUGAGCAUUUUUCAACAUAUGGCGACCAAAGUGAUAUCCACAUUUUGGAAACUCCAGCACAUGCGCACAACAUUCAGUCCUAUACAAGGACAUCUGAUCUACCACUUGAACCUUUUAAGCCAUCAUAUUCUGAGAAUUGGGGAUUUUAUGAUGCCUAUACACAAGGGAAUGCUCUUGAAAACGAUAAAUAUUCUCUAGUAUCUGGUGAAUAUGGAGGCAUUGGAAGCUUGUUCAUUUCCCCCUUUUAUCCUGGAGAGACAGAAUCGUUUGAGCUGGUCCCUGGUGAUGAACAUGCAUCCUUUGAGCAUAAUUGGCAUAAUUUGAGAUACAGAAACAUGCCCAUGGAUGAUGUCUCUCUAAUUACUCAACCGGCUGAGGAUUCCUAUAGUAUGAUGAAUGGUUCAUCCUGGCCUUUCGAGGAACAUUCGGCAUACAAUGUCUAGUCCAUAUUGUAUUGUUAUCUCUGGACGACUUAAUACCCGCAUUUAUGUAUACUUGCCAAAAAAAUAAAUAAACAUCUGUGUGAUUAAGAGAUUAUUUACCUAACUCCACAAAUGUCACAAAACAAAUAGUUGCCUUCAUUCACUAAUCAAAUUUUGAUUCCCCAA